AUGGAACGGACACUUUGUUUUUCAUCUGAAGAUACAAAUUCGAAUGAUCAACAACAGCCAUUAUUAGCAGCAGAUCUCAUCAGUGAUGAUGACAUGAAUACAUUAAUAUCAAAUCUUGAUUUAUUUUCAAAUAAUCCACUUGAUGAUUAUAUUCCGAUACCACUCAAUCAAAACAAUUCUAUUGAUGAAAAUAUUAAUAUCGAUGAUCUUAUUAAUCCAACCGAUAAUGAACAAAUUGAUUCUUUAACAUUAAAUUCGAAUGACUUCUUUGGAGAACCAACCGAUAACGAUGAAAUAAGCCAAUUAAUCGAUUCAUAUAAUAUCGGUGAACCAUCACAACAAAGUACUUUCAUAGAACAUUAUGAAAAUACAAGUCUUGAACAAUCACAACAAAGUAGUUUCAUAGAACAUGAUGAUAGUUCAAGAUUUUAUCAACCACAAUCAAUAUAUUCAUCACCAGUGUCUGUUCGAAUUGGUAGCUCACCAGCAGAACCACAAGCUAAUGAAACUGUACUUAGUACACAAGCUUAUUUAAAUAGACAAGAGGAAAUAUAUCGAAUGGCAUCAAAACCUAAAAAGAAUAAAAAACUUCAACAACGGUCAACAACUGUUGCUCCUAUUGAAUAUUAUAUGCAAUCUGGUGAUUGUCAACCUUGUGUUACACAAUUACAAAGUGAUUUAGCAUAUCAACAACAAACUCUUGAAUAUGAUAUUGCAGAAACAAAACCAAUUCAGAUAAAAGAUCAACCACGUCCAAAAUAUCGUCCACGAACACAAAAUGAAAGUAAAAUUUCAGCACAUUAUAUUCGAUGUGAAGAAGGUAUUACACCAGGAUAUCCAACAAUUAUGAUGCAUCCAGAUUGGGCUUUCCACGCUGAUAUAAAUCUUAUUGAAGUUACUUUGGUAGGCAUCGAUCAACAACCACAUCCAUAUACACUCCAUAAUAAAGAUUGUUCAGCAACAUUUGAAGAGAAUACAUUAAUCUUUAAACAACAUGAACCAAAUGUUUUAUAUUUUCGUUUAACAAAUGAUGAUUAUCGAAAUGGAUAUAAAACAUUGAUGAUUGAAUUAAUUAAAGGUAAACAAAGUGAUGUUAUAACAAAAGAGUUAAUUCGUUCACGACAACUUGAAAGUUCAAUGCUACGUCUGACACGCAUUUUUCAAGUCGGAAAAGGCGAAUAUCAACGUGAUGAAGGAAGUGUAGUAUAUUCUAAUGUUAUGACUGAAGCUUAUGGUGAUGUUGAUAUUGAACAUAUGGGUCCACGAUAUGGACCAAUGAGUGGAUUAGAAAUGGUAUAUAUGGUCCUAAAAGGUCAAGUCUUGAAAAAUGAUAUAAAAAUUGAAGUAAAUGUCCCUUAUUUUAAUUGGAAUUAUCCUGUGGAAAAUUUUACUAAAAAUGGAAAGGUUAUUUAUUUUCAAAUGCCACCUUUUCCAUAUCCAGGCUAUGAAACAGCAAAAGCAAAUAUCAUAAUAGUACAUAAAGGAGAAGAAUUAACUCAAUCGCCUUAUUUAUAUAAAGGAUCAUUAGAUCGAGAAUUAGCUGAACUUAGUUUAGAUGAUUCACCUCCAACUACUACUUCAUCAUUAUCAUUAUCAUCAUCAUCAUCAUCAUCAUCAUCGUCAUCGUCAUCAUCAUCAGUAGCAGGAAUGCCAAAAUUCGAACCUUUCGAUUUCUUAUUUCAUUCUAACGCACUUUCUAACUCACGUACACAAAAAACAUCAACAAAUAAAUCUACAAAACGUCUAAAAAAAUAA